AUGCUUAAGUGGGCCGCACAGGAAUAUAGGCGCAGCCACCUGCAAGCCCUCGUUGGCCACUGGGGUUUUUAUGAACACAAUCCAUUGCUACAUGCGGUCUGUCUGGGUCGGAGGGAUGUAGUUGAGUUGUUGGUUGCCCAAAUAGCUCAAUCCGAUGAAGUCCGCUUCCGCGGGACAAGGGGAGCAAACUGGGAUUUCGUCAAGAAAGGAGACGACUGGUUCUCACACCCUCUUCCGUGGGCACUGGAUCGUUCCAUCUUGUAUGGCAUGACUGAUACGGCUAUGUUCCUCGCAAAACAAGAAAAUGGACUGCUGGUCGGUUGUACUCAGAUUGCCAUCUCUUUCAGGUAUGGAGACAUGAAACUAAUAUCAUUUCUGAUACGGACGUACCAUCGAAGAUCCGGCAAGAGCUUGAGGAGGGUACUAUACGACGCCAUCGCAUCGGAAAAGAUUGAAAAACAUCAUCUAAUGUCUGACAUCAUUGAACUCAUCAGCACUUUACAACCAAAUGUGAUCAAGGAGCUAGUCGAUCUACAGAAUCAAGAUAUCAUCUUGCAAUCUCUUCGACAGGGCCUUCCACGAAAUAGCCUCUCUACUCUCCAGUAUCACAAAAGAAAAGACACACUAUCUCCAAAGCUUCUUAUCGACAACACGCGCCAGGCUGUCACUGACGAUAAAACCCUUAUCUUCACGCAAACCUUCUACCCCGACUUUGCAAAUCGUUCGCUGGAUGAACUUGUCCCGGCCAGCUCUACCAACGAGCUGGACGAUGAGGAAGAGCAAAUUCACGAUGGGCUAUUAACGGAGGCCAUCCACGGUGGGGCAUCACGGACUUGUCGUUAUCUCGUACAGUCAGGAUGUACACCCAAGUUCACGCAUUGGCAGGACGCAAUCGAGCAGCAGCACCUGGACUUCAUCGACUUCUACAUGCACAAACUUCCCGACUCGAGCAGAGUCCUGGAGCCCGAUACUCGAUAUAAUAGCGAAGAUAGCAUAACGGCGUUCGAGUGGGCUGUCUGUCUAGCCACGGAUGCCAUCACAACAGCCUUGCUGCCUCAGAAGGAAUGUUUCAAGGCUGUCCUGAGACUUGCAUAUUACACUGGCGACCUUGACAAGAUCAGCCGCAGUACUCGUGAUGACUUGCUGCAGUCUUUUACAAACAUGAGUUAUACGUACGUCAAAAGAGAAAAGUAUACCAUAAUGCGCAUCCGCUAUGCUGGUGCUGCUGUCCCAGGCGAUGCGGAUCAACGUUGGCAAGAAUUGACAGGCCGUGGGUGCAAGAUCAAUCUCUGCAGCCAACUGUGUUUGCUGGCCGAGAUGAUGACAGGCCACCGCUGGAUCACAGAGAUUAAGCAGGAGAGCCGCAAUGACGGAUAUUAUCGAUGA